CCCCCACCAGUUGUGGCAGUCUCUCUGAGUCAGAAUGGUCCACUGUAUGCUGGUACUAGUCUGACUACCACAUGUACUGUUACACUCGACUCUAGUGUCAACAAUAAUGAACUGGUCUACACUGACUGGACUGGUGUAGACCACGUACCCUUAGAUAGGUUCUCAACCACUCCUGUCAUUAGGGUGAUCAAUGGUAGUUACACCAGUAACCUCACCAUCAGUCCUCUAGCUGAUCAAGAUGAUGGCACAUUAACCUGUACUGGGACAGUCAGUGGAGGAACUCAUAUCCAGUCAGCUUGUAAUACACAUAUAGAUGUGAUCACUCCUAACGUCACAAUCUCAACAAUUGGACUC